AUGCAGAAGAAGCUAUGUCUCAUGUAUCUGGCCAAUGACAUUCUGCAGAACUCGCGCAAGAAGGGCCCAGAGUUCGUCAAUGAGUUCUACCACACACUGCCGCGCCCCGUGCAUCACUUGCUGAAACAUGGAGAUGCCAAGGUGCAAAAGUCUGUGGAGCGAUUGAUAGCGAUCUGGGAUGACAGGAAGGUCUUCGGUCUGUCCGGUGUCAAGCCCUUGAAGGAGAUGGUAGCCGCAGCUGAGACCCCACGCAAGGCAGCAGGCGCUUCUCCGGUCGCCAUGAAUGGCAGGAGCGGGGGAGAGGGAAGGUACGCGCAGCUGGAGCCGCUGGCAGCGUCACUGGUAGAGGCAAACAGUGCGGCUGCGCACAAUGGGACCCUUGCAGAGACCUGCUCCAAAUCGCUUCGAGGGGAUCUGCUGCAGCAGGGAAACCAGAGCGAGCUGGAAGCUGGCCAGCAGCUGCUAAGCGAGUACGCAGCAUCUCUGGAGGCGGAAGCUGCUGCGCGCCAGCAAGUCAUCGACCUUCUCAACACCAUGUUGCAGCAGCAGGAGGAGGGGAAGCAGAGGGUGCAGGCACAGAUGCACGCAUGUGGGAAGCAGCUACAACAGUUCACUGCCCACAUGUCAGCCGGCCAUGACAGUCCACAGGCACCCCUUGGGGCGUCCCCGGGCGCGAUUGGAGCGUCGGCAAUGGCCGAGAAAUUGGCGGCCAGUGGCGGCGCUGCGCGGCUGCUGGAAUUGCUCGCGACGCUGCCCAGGGAUCAGCAACGCGAGAUUGGUCGCCAUGUAGAGGCUUUGGCGAAGCCGGGGGAAGGGCACGCCCCCGAGCCCAGUGCUCCAGCAGAUGACGACGAGUAUGACCCAGAGCAAGGGUCCCUUGAAUUCUAG